AGUGUUGCGUCAGUUCCUUCAGUAGACUUUUCACUGUCAGCUGUAUCGCUGCUGUUGGCCAGAAUGGGCUUAAUCACUGGCAUUUGUGCAUUCUUGUACCACCUCCCUCAGAUUUACAAAUGGCUACUGAAACCUUACUACAUCACCUCCUUCUUCAUGACCAUUGCCUUCUUGGUGGUCCGCAAAGCUCCUGGUUUGUGCGAGCACCUAGCGACCCAGAGAGAGGACGGCAACUCGUGCGACUUCGACUGGCGAGAAGUAGAAAUUCUCAUGUUUCUGAGUGCCAUAGUGAUGAUGAAGAACAGAAGAGCAAUCACCUUGGAGCAACACAUAGGCAACUUGUUCCUGUUCAGCAAAGUGGCAAACGUCAUCCUCUUCUUCAGGCUGGACAUUCGUCUUGGCAUCCUCUACCUCGCUCUUUGCGUCGCAUUCGUCAUGACAUGCAAGCCUCCUCUAUACAUGGGCCCAGAGUACAUCAAGUACUUCAGUGACAAGACCAUUGAUGAGGAGCUGCAGAGGGACAGUCGUGUCACCUGGAUUGUGGAAUUCUACGCCAACUGGUCCUCAGAGUGCCAGUCCUUCGCUCCGGUCUUUGCUGACCUUUCGCUCAAGUACAACUGCGCCGGUCUCAGGUUUGGGAAGGUGGAUAUUGGACGUUACGGAGAGGUUUCCCAAAGGUACAAAGUGAGCACGUCCCCUCUGUCCAAGCAGCUUCCCUCACUGGUGCUGUUCCAGGGAGGACAGGAAAUUAUGAGACGUCCGGCGGUGGACAGUAAAGGCAGAGCUAUUUCAUGGACCUUCAGUGAGGAGAACAUUAUCAGAGAGUUUGAUCUCAACGAGCGCUUCCAGAAGUCCAAGAAGCUGAACAAGAGUCGUGGUUUGAAGGAAGACGAGCAGCCGCACAACUCCCGGCAAGAGGAGGCGGAGCCUGAUGUCGGCACUCCGGAGGAAAGUUCAGAGAGCAAGAAAGACAAGUGAAGUUGGCAUGAGGGGCAUGCGUCACAGAUCUACUGUACCUUGUUUUUCUAAUGUGCACCUGCCUUCCAGUGUUUUUAAACAAAUCCUUAAUGUAGACUGUAGCGGUUCAUUUCAAGAGGAGUAAAUGUCAGCGCAUUGGUCUAAGUGUGCAUAUGACCGUGCAACAGAGCAGGUAGUAAUCAAGGCAAGUUUUAUUUAAAUAACUUUUGUAUUUUGUGUUUGUUGGCUGUGUAACAUGUCAUGUAGAACCUGUGCAACUAAUAUGUUUACAAAUGUUCCAUCACGUAAAUCCUAAUUAAAAAAAAAAAAAAAAAGCAUAGCGUUAAAAUGAAUGACACGUUUAAUCAGUUUGACCUUUUUAUUCUGAGACAUCUUCAAAAAAAAUUCUUUAAGGCCAUUUUGGAAACGUCUUAAAUGUUCUCGUUACAGAUAUUUGUGAAACUUGUUCCAAUCCCACAAUGAGCAAUAUUUCUUCUCACUAUGACGCGUCAACAUACUCGCAUACGCUUUGAAUUGUUCAGCGGCCUUCAUCCUUGGCCGGGAGCAGGAGAAUAACACACGUGAGUUAAUCUCUUCAUCAGCUGUUUGUGCCUUUUAAUGAUGCUUUUUUUUUUUUUUUUUUUUUUUAAAUUGUGACCACCCACUUGAUGGUUGCGGGUGCAUUCUUUUAAAUAGUCUCACACGCCGGGGAAACAAUCAGCAUGAGCAGGAAUCACAUGCAUGAUGAAGACACACUUUCCCCACAAGUUGCAUUCAUUCGUUCCAUGAAAUUAUUCAUUCCUGCUCAACAUGGCUGUGGGUUUCAAAUAAAGCCACUUGUACCUUUACAAUUUGAUGUGAAAAAUCAGACCUACUAUACACAAGAUGCCUGGAAAGUGGGGAAAAACAAAAAAAAAGCAAAAAUGUGCCUGCUCUACUAUAAAUGCUCUAAGGGAAGAAAACAUAAAUCAAGACUUGUAUUGCAAACCAGUCCCUAAAACAUUUCAAAUCACAAGGAGCUCUGUCAUUCUUUUAAAAAUACCAAACACCUAAUAGAGACUGGUUUGAAAUGUUUCCUCAGAUCUGCUUUUUGUGUAAAAGGUGAAAUAAAUAAGCCCAUCCCUCGCUAGCCCUAAUUGGCUGGUCAUCCAUGAAAAGGCUCGCGUCAGAAAACAAAAACGACAAUGAUUUUAAAGCUACACAACUGAUUUUGCAUAACGCCUCGAGCACAAAAACAUUACACGUGUACAUUCCGCAAAGAUGCCUUCCACUUUCCAAUAUCUCUGUGGCUUUAGGAAAAUAAAAGCUCAAUUAUUUGCCACGUCAGAGGAGAGAAUCAUGGAGGAUUUCCCGCCAAAGCUCACGAGUGGCUGAUGCAGCCUUCAAUCAUAAAAUAGGCAAUUAACCAUAAAAAAAGAAAAU